UGAAACGAAUCCCUAUACAUAUCAAGCAACUUCUUGAAACAAUGUUUCAUGCAGGAACUGCAAACCUAAGAAAUAAAAUGACAGCUGAGGAAGAUAUACCAAAGGAAUCUACUAUUGCAAAUUGGAUUACUUCUUUUUCACGAGGCUGGAAACAUGCAAUGGCACUUCAAGCAAUUGAAGCAGCAGAAUAUACCUUGAACGCAAGAGAGUCUUUAGAAACAAGUUAA